AUGGAUUAUGGUAACCAGACUUUGCUGAAGGAAUUGAUCUUGAUUGGAUUUGGAUUGGAUUGGUCCCAAUACCAGAAAACAAGAAUAUUAAUUUGCAUCGUAUUCUUAUUCAUGUAUAUGUUGAUCAUCCUGGGGAACAGUUUCCUGGUCUUCACCGUCAUUGUCAGUCCUAAGUUACACACUCCUAUGUAUUAUUUCUUAUGUCAUUUGUCUUUCAUUGAUUUGUGCUUCACGUCCUCCACUAUACCAAAAUUUCUGCAUGAUAUCAUGUAUAAUACAGGGAUAAUUUCUGUCACCGGAUGUUUGGUCCAAAUGAACAUUAGUCUUUUUCUGGGGAUAGCUGAGUGUUUAUUACUGGCGGUGAUGGCCUAUGACCGGUAUAUUGCUAUAUGCUCCCCCUUAUAUUACACCAUCAUUAUGAGCUGGAGGGUCUGUGUAUACAUUACAGUCAUCAUGUGGUCAGUAAGUUUAGUCUCCUCUACUAUCCCGACCCUCAUAAAACCUCUUGUAUUCUGUAGGGAAAACAAACUGAACCACUUUGCUUGUGAGAACUUAGUGGUUCUUGAGCAGGCGUGCGGGGAUCUCUCCACUACUAAAUUCUUCACAUUUGUUCAGAGUUUCUUUAUUCUUUUAUCACCUUUUAUAUUCAUUGUGGUGACUUAUAUUUGUAUCAUUUCCGCUAUAUUAAAGAUAAGUUCUGCUCAGGGUAGAUCUAAAUCCUUCUCUACCUGCGCCUCCCACCUCACUGUGGUUAUUAUGUUUUAUGGGACAAUUUUGACCACAUACACGGCACAAUCUAAAUUGUCUUCUAACCUGAAAUAUAUUUCUAUAAGCUAUGGGGGUGUUACUCCAUUUUUAAAUCCUUUGGUCUACAGCCUGAGGAAUAAUGAAGUAAAAGGCGCCUUUAAGAAAUUAUUGACCAAACACUCAGUAAUGCGACUGUUUCAUAGAGACAGAAAUUAA